UGACGAUGAUCAAUCUAUGUUUUUUGUUGUUUGGGUCGAAUCAAACAAAAGCAAUGAUAUGUACAAGGACAGGGAUGGUAGAUCUAUCACGGUGCAGUGCUUCCUUCGUGUUCGUGUCAUCCCUAGAGUCAACUUGUCUGCUUUGAGGUUGACGUGCCCGAUCCCCUUCACCAAAUCGAGGUCGCCGUGCAUGAGCAUCUAUAGAUAUUGCAUUCCCGCCCCCCUGAUCCAUCCUGCGAGAUCUUCCUAGAGCUCGGGAUCCAUCACGCCUGCAUGCAUGAUCUGUUCAGGCUUGUUUAUUGACGCGAUUCAGGCUCGUUCGCAUGUUCGUAUAGACCCACAAGGCCGCGUAAUAACCAACACCAUGCAAUAAUGAUAGAUCAUGUGCGUGCGUGUGUGUGUGUAUACCGAUGUGCUGCAUGCAAUGGAACCCUUUGUAUUGGUGUUGGCGGAGCGCCAAGCCUGACUCGCUGGAAGAUCCGCGGAACUUCACUCACACCUCUCCGAAGCUUGACCUUAUUCCAACCCAACCUCACGCCUCACAAUAAUCCGCUUUGGAGCUGUCUCAUGGGUCAUGGAAUCUUUGGCCAAAGAGUGGGCCGUCUUUCUGGAUAAAUGCCUCGCAUCACGGAUUCACGCUGAUCUCUUCGACACUGCAGUCGCCCAGCUACACAUCAGAUCUCCACUUCCUGGUCGGAAAAUCGCUGCCCUGCUGCUGAAGCCGCGCUGUGCUAUAGCAAUCAGCCCCGAUCCUCGUGUUCUCGUCUACGUUGAGCGAUUACUUAUCCUGAAGAAAAUUGAUGCCUCGGAUCUCCUGCAGGCUGCUUUUCAGUAUUCCAAGGAUCGCCCCGCAAAGCAAGGCGAGGCGCACGACUCCAAGGAUCCUUCAUCAUGGCGGAACCCACCCGAGCUGGAGGAGGUUAUUUUCCAUCGCCUGCACAAAGCCUUUUCAGGAGAACGCGUCGAAAGGCCCGUUACCAAUGCAGAAGGUCUUGGCACUGUGUACGCACUAGCCGGUAUCCAACAACACCCUCAGCAACAGUCUAUCAAUGUCCGCGAGGCGCUGGGACUGCUCAUAUUUGGCCUGAUCGAUAAUGCCAAAAUCCUUGAGCUGUUGAACAGGAGCGAGCUCAAAGAAAUCCGGAAACAGUUUGCUCAGGCGCUUUCAACUUUCAUACCAUUCCUCUCGCAAACCUCUAUUGCAAUUGCUAACCGCCUCGAAAUGUACCAAAAAGAACACGACCUCCACGACAAGUCACUACCCAACUCUAACGAAGAUGCUGGAGAGAAUGCUGUCGCUGCUUUGCAGCUGGAAGCUGUUAUCGAAAUCCCUUUAAUCAACACCCGAGCUGGCCUCUAUAUAUUCUUACACUCAUUGCUUGUUGCCCGCCCACUUACAGAUGACAUUCUAAUCACCAGCUAUCUCAAUUCCCGCUAUAAGAUGGAUGCUCAGGUUAUGGCAACCGACUUGGUCACCGCAGCGUUCGAUCUCCUAGCAAACGCUAUGUACCGGAAUGAACCGACUCAGACCAUGUAUAGCUUGAAGUCUUUCCUUGUCAACAAGAUACCCCUUCUUUUAUCCCAAUACGCCUCUUCUAUGUAUGCCAUGAACCCGGAGCUGUGCAUUACACAGGCUUUAAGUCAUAUAGAUCCAAAUGCUUUCCCUGCCUUCUCGCAAGGGUUCGAGGACAUUAUGGGGAACAGCAACUCUCUAUCUGAGGUGCGCCAGGAGUUCCUCAACGCAUGCGCACUGCAUAAUUUGAUCCAAACAAGCACCAUCGAGCGUUUACUUGGGGAAGCACCAAUGCAAGGCCCACCCGCAAUCAAGUAUUCCAAGCAGAAUCUGCUCGCACAGUGCAAGGAUAAUUUUGAAAAAGUGUAUGCCUACAUUGAAGAAUUGGAAAACCUCGACGGGAACGCAGGCGCUAUCGUGGGCGCUGUGACAGAGUUCAUAGCGCAUCUUUGUGAGACACAGAUGACGAUGCAUCUCAAAAACAUAUGCAAUCUUUUAUCUAGGAAGUCACAGGCCUUGGAUACUAUUUUGCAGUUCACUUCGCCUAUCAGCAUACUGAAACCAUUAUGUGUCUUUCUCGAUGAAUGGCGGUACGAUGGAGAUCAAGGUGAAUAUCAACCGGUCUAUGAUGAGUUUGGUGCAAUAUUGGUACUGGUCAUGGCUUUUAUCCAUCGAUAUGACUUGACCCAUUACGACUUGGGGAUUAACCAUAACUCUUUUGUCGCUCAAUUACUGGAAAGCGGUUACCGCAGUGUAAUGCCAGACGAAUUGACGGAUGAGCAAGGCAAUCAUCUUGGGAGCUGGUUACGAGAUCUCUACGAUUCUGAUAAGGAAGGACUCAGUAACGAGGUUUUUGCAUCUUGUCGGCCCCAAGAUUUCUACCUCAUAGUGCCUACGCUCUUCAGUCAAACUGUAAUGGCCUGCUCAGCAGAUGUGCUAUCUUUGGACACAGUCAAGGGUGGAUUAGAGUAUCUCCACGAGACCUUUCUCUUGCCGGCCUUGAUUGGUGGCUUAUCAUGGAUGGCAUCGCAUGCCUUGCUUUCUGGGCAUCAAGAUCUGGAUGUUCUGAUGCAAAUGUUUGGCAAAUUGAUUCGGUCUACACCGACAUCCGGUGAUGCACAAGCUAUGCACUCCACUAUCCUCUCUGUGGUGUCUCCACGACUGGAGAAAUGCUUUCGCACAUUAAAGCGACGCCAUCCAAACCUUACCGAUAUCGAACCGCUCCUCCACGCAAUCAAAGGUGUAAAAGGCAAUCUCCACUACGAGCGCUCGGUGUAUUCAUCUGCAGCAGAGUUGGACCAAUGGACAAAUGCUACUAGUAAUACGCUCGUUUCAUCGCUACGAAAUACUGUGCAGCAGCUUUCACAGUGGGCUUCUUCGGCAGGGCUACAACCUAACCCCCCAAGUUAUACUCAUCGCCAGAUUUAUACAUGCAUUAAACUCAUUGGCGCAUCCAAGACGGUUCGGGCCAUUGUUGACGAGAUCAAAGCACAAACGGAUGCUGGAAAUGGUCCCGCUGCUUUAGAUGUAGGUGUCUCUAUCAUUUGUGCGCCAAUGGUUGAGAACAGCCCCAUACCUGUCAACUGGGCUGGCAGUUCAAUCCUAGCUCCUUCGCCACUGCGAACCCGUUCAAAUCUCCGGGAAGCCCUGAAAAGCGAGCUAGAUGAUGCUGCCAGCCUCGUAUCCACGGAUCCGUUAGUUGCUGAAAGUAUUGUUCGUCUCCAUCGACGUGUGGAGGGUUUGUUUGCAGUCCUCGCUCAAACAGCUAGCAUCCCUACCGAUGAUGCCAUGUUAUCAACGGUCAACCUGACGAAUGUACCAUCACAGGACCUUCCUGAUGAUCUUGAUAAAGCAAUGGAUGAUGCCACAGCAGGAGUCUUGGCAACAGCCAACGGUGAUAUGUCUACAAUAGAGGGAAUCGACAUAGAUCUGAACAAGCAAGGCUUAAAUCGCACCAUGGACGACCUGGAUCUUUCGGCGGCAGGCGUAGAUCUAAGUGCAAUAGGAGUGGGGGCUGGUGGAAUGGAUGCUGAUAUUCAAAUGGACGAUCUCCCUGACCUUGAUCUGGGAGAUAUGGGAGACAUGGGAGACAUGGGCCUGGGCGGGGAGGGUGACGAUUGGGGGUUGGACUUCACUGACAUGUAG